CCAGCAACGAUUUCAAUCCACCCUCCAAAAAUGUCAAUUUCAAAGUCCGAGGUCAUCCAUGGUCAAUGCGGUACGGCCAGCCAGAACCAUAUAGAUCGCAGCAAGCAUCACCAUGAUCGCGUAGUAGACUAUCUUGUCUCGCAGUCUGAAAGCGGCGACUGCGUUCACUUUCUGAACAGAGACAUUCCGCUAAGUCUCCUGAAUGACGACAUCUAUGAAGAUGCCUGGCGAUAUCUUGGAAAGCAAUGUGUCAGUACGUUGGCCCAGGGCAUUGCUCCUGAUGCCAUCGUGAUUGCGGAGAAAGCAAUGCCGCUGCCUGGAGGUUCAAAAUGCCACCCGUAGGCUCGAAAUAUGCGCCUCCUUCUUACUCUCUGCUAACUUGUGGCAGAUAUACGUGUCAGGGUAGCAACCUGAAUAAUUCGACGACAAAUGGAUGCGGAUGCUCACAAUCAGUGGCGCAGCCUCAAAAAGCCACUUUUGACGAAAUCGAUCGCGGCUUCCUACGCUUCUCUCGACUAGACUUAUCCGAUGCUCGAGAGCUCACUGCAGGACCGGCGCUCCUAGUGACUGGCCCUGAGCUGGAGCAAGACAGGGCUUCGUAUACACGAAAUAAUCCGCUGUACUUGGAAACUCGCAUGAGAUCAGACGGACUUUAUGUCUGCCCUUGGAAUGGCCGCCCUGACUGCAGUCACCUUGCGACAUCAUCUUUUGAAGCCUCGCGUUCAUACAUCGACGAUCACUUGACCGAAGACCAAAUACCUAGAGCCUAAGAUGACAUGCCAAGCGUUGGAAAGCCAUGCUGUGCCCGGAUUGCCACAUAUUCGUAAACAAGCUUCUCCUCUUUUGCUCGACCUGUAUGUUAGCCAGAAGCGCGAUGAAUCUUUGAUAGCACAUGUUCAUUUACUCUUCCUCGUCAUCGUCGACAGAGUGAAUGCAAAUAGCUUGCAGCUGAUCAUCCCGACAUUCUCAGUCUCGAACCAAGUGUCAUCUUCCAAAAUUCAUACAUCCACUGACACCAUACAUGGACUGUCGUUAUGAACCGCUAUUCCAGUGUCAACCGGUAUUAGCAAGUCAC